UUUGUGCACGGAUACACUUACCGAGUAGCGGGCGGAAUCUGUCUCGCUGUAUUUAAAGAAGCUCUUCGAUGCAUUUAAUAACUGCGUAUCAAUGUGUUUUUAUUUAUUUAUUUAUUUCAUUUAAAACACAGCAGCACGACACGGUUGUUUUUCUGUUGCCAAACCCCGCCUCGCUACGCAGUGUUUGUGAACUCAUUUCAUAACUCCGCUAGUCUGACUUCCUGCAGUUUUCAGUUUCGUUUCUCUAGCUUUUUCCCUGACGGACAGCAGCGAUGGCGACAGCGGCGUCUCCAGAGGAGAAGUUCUCCUGCUCCGUGUGUCUGGACCUCUUCACCGAGCCCGCAACCAUUCCGUGCGGACACAGCUUCUGCCUGGACUGCAUCGGGAGCUACUGGGACCAGAGUGACCAAACCGGCGUGUACAGCUGCCCCCAGUGCCGGGAGACUUUCACUCCCAGGCCCGUUCUGCGCAAAAACAACAUCAUUUUCAUUUAUUUCAAUUUAGGGGCAAGUUUGAAAUCCCGUUCUGUCUCACAGCGUCCGGUUAAUCUGGAGCCACAUGGUAACCCUAUCAUUAACGAACUGGUGGAGGAAUUGAAGAAAACGAGACUCGACUCGAAAAGGGAAUCCCCCGCUGCCGCUCCUGUCUCUGCUGAGCUCGGAGACGUGCCUUGUGAUUUCUGCCCCAGCGAGAUAAAGCGCGGAGCGGUCAGGUCGUGUUUGACGUGCCGGGGCUCGUACUGCGAAGCGCACCUGCAGCCACACUACGAGACCGCGGGAUUGAAGAGGCACGCGCUGGUCCAGCCUCUCAGAGAUUUGGAGCAGAAGCUUUGCAAACAGCACCAGAGAUUGUUGGAGUUUUACUGCAGAACCGAUCAGAGCUGUAUCUGCGCGGUGUGUCCUCACAAUAAUCACCAGGAUCACGAUGUUAUAUUAGCAGAGAGAGAGAGAGAGAGAGAGAGCGGAGAAACAGAAUUAAAGAAUGUUACUGACCUUCUUCUUCUUCUUCUUCUUCUUUUUCUUUUUCUUCUUCUUCUUCUUCGCUUCAGUAAUAUUGCAUUGCUGUGUAUCUGUUUCUGCCCAUCUUGUUCUGUGCAGAAGGAGCUGGGGGAGAGACAGGCGGAAAUAGAAAAUUUCAUUGAGGAGAGACUGAAUCAGGCUGUGGAGUCUCUCAAGCUCUCGGCACACAAGGAAAGGGCUGAAAGCGAGCAGGUGCUGUCUGAGCUGAUCCACUCCAUUGAGAGAAUCAGGACGGAGGUGGGAGAGCUGAUUGGAGCUAAAGAGAAGGCUGCAGUGAGUCGAGCUGACCAGCAAAGGGAACAACUGGAGCAGGAGAUCCAGGAGCUGAGAAAGAGGAAGGCUGAGAUGGAGCAGCUUUCUGAGACAGAGGAUCACAUCCACUUUCUGCAGAGUUUCCAGUCUGUCUGCACCCCUCCUGCUGCUCAGCAGCUCUUUGAUAACAUAGAUGACUCUUUCUGGACUCUGAGAAAAGCUGUGUCUCGACUCAAAGACCACCUUGAGGGAUUCUGGAAGGUGGAGUUGAUGAAAGCAACCAUAGCAGUUGACGUGACUCUGGACCCUGAUACAGCACACCCCUUUCUCAUCCUGUCUAGGGAUGGAAAAGAAGUCAACAAUGGGAAUAUACAACAGCCUCUGUUUGAGAAUCAAAAGAGAUUUGAUAUAUAUGUCAAUGUCCUGGGCAGGGAUGGCUUCACCUCAGGGAGACACUACUGGGAGGUGGAGGUAGGGGGGAAGAUACACUGGAGACUUGGAGUCACCAGAGAGUCUUCUCAGAGGAAGGGGUCUUUCACUGUGAACCCACAGCAGGGAUUCUGGAUCAUUUGGUUGAAUGAAGAAAAUAAUCAGUUUUAUGCUGCGACUGAACCCAUGACUCCCCUCCCCCUGAGCCUGAAGCCCCGGAAGCUGGGGGUGUAUCUGGAUUAUGAGGGAGGGCAGCUCUCCUUUUACAAUGUGGAGACCAGAUCUCACAUCUACACUUUCACUGACUCCUUCACUGAGAAACUCUAUCCACUCUUUUCUCCUGGUCUUUGUUAUGAUGGUAAAAAUGCAGCUCCACUGAUCAUCUGCCCGCAUACCUACACAGAUUAAUACAGAUUACCAGCACGAGGAACAUGAUCACAGGCUUCAUUUCUUGUGUUGAAGAUAUUUUGGGUUGUUUUUUAUUAAUUUUUUUGAGAAAUGCAAAUAUUUGAAAGAGAAAAACAAGGUUGCAAAAGCUAAUCUGAGGGAAGAAAAUCAACAUAAGUAUAAUUAAAAAAAAACGAAUUUAAUAGUCAACAAAUUUUAAACUGUAUUUAUUUUGUCCACCAGGUGGGGGUGUUGUUCUGUGUAAAAUGCCUAAUCACAUUUUGUUUAUUGUGAGGUUUUUUUUUGAGACUUCAUGGAUAAAUUAAAUGUAAUUUACUGUACAGUACGACAGGGGACCCAUUUUUGUGUGACACCAGCCUUGCGUAGCCAGAGCUAUUGUCCCUCACCUUUCUAUAGUACUAAAUUCAAACAAAAAAAGACUUUUAUAGCAGUUUAUUCUAGUUUGUUUUUAACAGCAUUUAUUCAAGAAUAGGGAUCUUCAAAGGUGACUGUAAUCUCUUUCUCUUAUUAAUAAACGUUGUUUGUGCUUCA